GGAUGAUGAGGGAUCGCACAUUGGCAGCCCUCGUCCAGCAUCAGGCAGUGAGGUGCUUUGCCGCAUCAUCAGGAGAAGAGGGUGCCGAGCUUGGCAGCGAGCAAAACAGUCGCAGGGUCGCAGCAGUGUCAGUGGAGGCAAACGCCACGGAGUAGAGCACCAGCUCCACUUGCAGAUCCCAGUGAGGAGUAGCGGGGGCAAAGUUUCCUACUCGGCGGUGUGGCAAUUUUUCGUCAAGCCGCCCGAGGAAGUAAACGUAGCCGUAUGUCGACUAUGUGGCCAGAAAAGUCAAGCGUGGCCAGGGGGCCCAUGUUGGGACUAACAGCGUUGCGUCAGCAUAUGCAGCGUCGCCAUUCGGUGGCCUGGGAAAAACCGUGAUAAAGAUACGGCGGUUCUGCCUGCCCCAGCCCCCGCUCCAUCACCCGCUCCGUUACUUGCUCCGUCACCCGACGUCAAUCGCCCUCUAUCAGCCAGUCAAGGCUCCAACACCUCUGCUGAGGGGAGUUGUCGCUCGUUGGCAUCUUCCGCUCGUUCAGAUGCUCCUUCUCCUGCUACUCCUCUUCACGGAUUCCGUCAGCAGUCUUUCUUGGAAUCCGUUUCCAAGAGACAACAGUUGCGAGCACGCACCCGACGGUGCAGAAGCUGAACGUCCUCCUGUCCAAGUUGCUGGUGCUGCAGUCCCUCCCUUUCCAAGUGGUGGACUCAGCACCUUUCCGAGAAAUGAUGGCUUGUGCCGAGCCGCGGUGGAGAGUGCCAAGCCGGCAUUUCUUCGCCAAAAAGGCAGUGCCAGCCCUGCAUUCACAUGUAGAAGAGAUGGUGGGCCAGUCUUUGAGCAUGUCGGUCUCUGCCAAAGUGCACGGCAGCGCCGACGUGUGGAGCUGUAACUACGGUCAGGGACAGUACAUGUCAUUUACGGCCCACUGGGUGAACGUGGUGCCGGCACAGCCGCACCAGCAACUUGGACAGGUCACGCCGCUUUUGCCUCCACGUUUGCACGUCCUUGGUCCAGCAAAGAUGUCCGCCUCUACCACCUCUUCUUCCGCCGUGUCCUCAGCCGCCACCCCCGUGCCAAGUCCCAUUACCCGACCGGCAUAUCACAUGUGCAGGGCGCAACGGUGUCACGCUGUGCUGCACCUGGUAUGCCUUGGCGAACGUAGUCACACAGGGGAGGAACUUCUGAGUGUAAUGAACAGAGAAAUCGACAGAUGGCUGUCUCCGCGCAAACUGAAAAUCGGAACCAUGUUGACCGACAACGGAAAGAACAUGGUGUCUGCUCUGCGUCAAGGAAGGUUGUGCCAUGCGCCAUGCAUGGCUCACGUGUUCAAUCUGGUUGUCAAGCGGUUCCUAAAAUCCACCAUCCCACUGCAAGACAUCCUUAAAAUGUCACGUAAACUUUGCAUGCAUUUCAGCCAUUCCUACACCGCAAAGCACACCCUCCUUGAGCUGCAGCGGCAGAACGGAAUUCCACAGCAUCGCCUGAUCUGCGACGUUGCAACAAGGUGGAAUUCAACCCUACAUAUGUUAGACCGCCUUUACGAACAGCGAAAGGCCAUCACCGAUUUCCUGAUGUUACAAGCGGAUAAAGGUACUCCCCUGUGUAACUUAGAUGUCAGCCAUUGGCAGCUCAUGCGUGACACCUGCCGCUUGCUCAGGCCCUUUGAGGGAGCCACGCUAUUCGUGAGUCGGCAGGACUAUGGGAUGAACGACGUCAUUCCUCUGUUGCACGUCCUGGAACAAAUGCUGUUAACAAUGGCUGGUCAGGGUGCGGUAGACGUGGCGCACAGAUCUCAACGCCACAUGACCCCUGUGGGGGCAGGACAGGAAGAAGAGGAGGAGGUAGAGGAGGACAUUGGUGCUCAGGAAUUAUUGAGUGAAAUGGGUGGUUUUUCCACUCAGCGGACAGGAGUGGAGGAGCAGGAGCAUCUGGUAGAGGAGGAGGAGGAGGAGACAGAGGACCCAGACGCACCGUGGCAGUAUGCUGUGGAGAUGGAGGCAGGGAGUCCCUCGCAUUCCUUGGCACAAAUGGCCCAUAGCAUGCUCGGUUGCUUGCGUAGCGACAGCCGAAUAAUAACCAUCAGACAGAGGGAUGACUUUUGGCUGUCCACCUUGUUGGACCCUCGCUACCGUUCAAAAAUGGUGGCCUUUUUCACACCUGCUGAGAGGGAGGCCAAAAUAAAGUACUAUAAAAACCACCUAUGUAGUCAGUUGGUCUCUGCCUUUCUGCGCCAACGUCCAUCCUCAGACACUGUGGGCCCUGUGCGCUCGCGUUCCGCUGCCAUGGCAGCAGGGGAGGGGUGGGGUGGUAGGAGCAGUGGCAGCUCCACCAGCAGCGGCUGCCUCAGUCUGCAGUCGAUGAUGAGUAGCUUUCUUCACCAGCGCAGUGAGGAAACUACUAACCAGCCGCAGCAGCAGCAGCAGCAGCAGCAGCAUCAGGUGGACCUGGAGCAGGACCUCAAACAACAGGCUUGGGCCUACUUGGACAGCACCCUGCCAACCGAGGUAGACAAUCCCCUUGACUACUGGGCAACGAAACUUGACCUUUGGCCCCAACUAGCUGAAUUUGCCCUUGAAAGGCUGUCAUGCCCGGCCAGUAGCGUGGCAUCGGAGCGCGUGUUUAGUGCGGCAGGAGGUAUUGUAACUCCGCGGAGGACACGACUGUCCACCCAAAGUGUGGAGAGACUCACGUUUGUGAAAAUGAAUCAGGCGUGGAUUAGUCUGGAUUUCAAACCACCAGUUCCUGACACAACUGACUAA